AUGGGCGUCACCGGCCUCUGGACCGUCGUGCAGCCGUGCGCGCGCCCCAUCAAGCUCGAGACGCUCAACAAGAAGCGCCUCGCGGUCGACGCCUCCAUCUGGAUCUACCAGUUCCUCAAAGCCGUGCGCGACAAGGAGGGCAACGCGCUGCGCAACAGCCACGUCGUCGGCUUCUUCCGCCGCAUCUGCAAGCUGCUCUUCGUCGGCGUGCGGCCCGUCUUCGUCUUCGACGGCGGCGCGCCGCCGCUGAAGCGGCAGACGGUCAGCGCGAGGCGGCAGAGGCGCGAGGGGCGCAGGGAGGACGCGGCGAGGACGGCGGGGAAGAUGUUGGCGGUGCAGAUGCAGAGGAGGGCGGAGGAGGAGGAGGACAGGAGGAAGAAGGCGCGGGGGAGGGGGAGGGGAGGGAGAGAGGAGGAGGGCGAGGAGGAGGUGGAAGAGAGGAUUCCGGAUGACGUGGUGUAUGCGGAGGAAGUGACGAUGACGGAGAGGGAGCGGCGGCAGGGCCGGGGCGGGUUCAAGAAGAAGGACGCGUACCAUCUGCCCGAGCUGGACGUGUCGCUGGCGCAGAUGGGCGCGCCGAACGACCCGCGCAUCAUGUCGCUCGAGGAGCUCGAGGACUACGCGCGCCAGUUCGAGCAGGGCGAGGACAUCAACGUGUACGACUUCUCGAAGAUCGACUUCGACAGCCCGUUUUUCUUGAGCUUGCCCGCGACCGAUCGGUAUAAUAUCCUGAAUGCGGCGAGGCUGCGGAGUCGGCUUCGCAUGGGGUAUUCGAAGGAUCAGCUCGACAGCAUGUUCCAGGAUCGCAUGGCUUUCUCGAAGUUUCAGAUUGAGCGCGUGACGGAGAGGAAUGAGCUUACGCAGCGGUUGAUGAAUAUCAAUAACGGCGAUACGCUGUACGGCAUGAACGCGGGCGGCAGAAUCGCCGGUGAGAAGAACAGAGAAUACGUGCUGAUCAAGAAUGAAGGCGUUGAAGGCGGAUGGGCCUUGGGGGUCGUGGAUAAGGACGAAGGUAGAUUCGACAAACCUAUCGAUGUCGACAGGAGUCCUCCCAAAGAAGAAGAGGAGGACGAAGACGACUGGGAGGAUGGAGACGACUUUGAAGACGUGCCCAUCGAGGGCCUCAAUCGAUUGCCCAGGAAACAGCCUGCUGCCAACGACAAUCUAGCAGCGGAUCUACUCAAGCGACGCCAAGAUUUUUAUCAGUCUCGAAAGAGUGGCGCUACGAGGCGACGCAAGCCUCGGAAUGACGAUCCAGACUCACUUUUCGUGGGAGCCUCGGAUGGCGAGGAAGAGUGGGAGAACGUUGAUAUUGAUCAUGACGCCGACGCACUUGAGCAGGCAAACGAGGGUGCAGACGAAGACGAUGAGGAGCUCCAGCGAGCCAUUGCCAUGUCCCUCCAGCAAGAUAACGAGCCUGCUGAACGGGAAGCGCAAGCAGAAGAAGACGACGAGGACGAUUUUCUUGAAGUUUUCGCGCAGCAACGAGCAGAGGAAGCUAAACCGUUCACUAAGGGCAAAGGUCUCGCUAUCGCGCGCAUGGCGAACAAUCGGAGCGCCAGGAUAGCCAAGCCGGUCGCCGAAAGUGAUAGCGAGGACGACAUCGAUCUCCAAGCAGCGCUCGCUGAGUCACGGAAGUCGAAACAUAAACCGGCUCGCCCCGAACAGUCCCACAAGCCAGCGGCACCAGCGAAGUCUACAGCAUCAACGCAGCCCACUGGCCAACCAUCCUCCAACACAUCUGGUUUCAAGGGGCCGUUGCCGUUCGAGAGACUCAAUCUGGGCAGUUCACUGCUGGGAAAGAAGAAGAUGGAGAAGCUUCAGGAAGAACAAGCUGGUGGGUUCGAGCGGUCUGAUGACGAGAAAAAGAAAGCGAAGCCGCUUCCUCCAUGGCUGGCUGAAAACCGGGAUGUGAGGGAGGAUUUCGCUGAGCAGAGGAGAUUGGAUGCGGUGCAGAGGGAGCGGGAUCGGGAGGAAUUGGGGAAGAAAUUUGAGUUUCAACAAUUGCCGAAGUUGAUGAAGCACAGUACAAACGAAGUCAUUGACCUUGAGGCAACAACGCCGAAGGAGAAGGUGGUCGUUGAUAUCCAGUCUUCGGAAGACGAAGAGGACUUGGAGAUGGAAGACGUGAUGCCCGUCGACCAUGGGGUUAAAAUGGGGGAUCUCACGGAUAAGGUGAGGGCUGAACCACCACAAGGGCCAUCAUCCACGACAGAAGCUUUAGUUCCGCCGAGAAGAGAAGAGCUGCAUACGACUAUUGGAACCGACAAUUCCCCACAAGCCGAGGAGAAGGCAUUUGAGUCUGAGGAAGAGCCUAUAGAGUGGUCGGAGAGCGAUAGUGAGCGACCAACGAAAAAGGCCCUAAAGGGAAGAGGAGAGCACGAAACAAAUCCACAACCAAUUGGCGGCGAGGCUGUGCCCUCGAGAUCGAGAUCUACCUCGCCAGAGUUCGAGACGGUCAUCAACACGGAGACGGCUCCCUCGCAGACAGUCAGGGCAUCGCCACCGCUCGCCGACCUACUAGAAGGGGAACCCGCUCCCGCGGACCAAGAGAUGCUCGACGACGACCAACCGGACGACAACGCGUCCAUCUACUCGGACCCAGAAGAUGAAGAGCUCUUCCGCCAGCUCGCCGACGAAGCCUCGGAGCAUGCGCGCUUCGCCUCGACCCUCAACCACAAGUCCCAAGCCGCCAACGCCCUCGACUACGAGCGCGAACUCAAAGCGCUCCGCAACCAACAGAAAAAAGACCGCCGCGACGCCGACGAAGUGACAGCCACAAUGGUCGCCGAGUGCCAGCAGCUCCUCUCCCUCUUCGGCCUGCCGUACAUCACGGCGCCCAUGGAAGCGGAGGCGCAGUGCGCGGAGCUCGUCCGCCUCGGCCUCGUCGACGGCAUCGUCACCGACGACAGCGACGUCUUCCUCUUCGGCGGCACGCGCGUGUACAAGAACAUGUUCAACCAGGCCAAGUUCGUCGAGUGCUACCUCGCGCACGACCUCGAGGCCGAGUUCGGGCUCGGCCGCGAGCGGCUCAUCGCCGCCGCGCAGCUGCUCGGCAGCGACUACGCCGAGGGCGUCCCCGGCGUCGGCCCCGUCACCGCCGUCGAGAUCCUCGACGAGUUUGGCGGCCUCGCCGCCUUCCGCGACUGGUGGCGCGACGUCCAGUCGGGCGCGCGCCCGCGCGACGCCGACGCCGCCGUCCCGUUUCGUCGCAAGUUCCGGAAGCGCUACGCCACGAAGCUGUUCUUGCCCCACCCGUUCCCGGACCCGCGCGUCGAGGAGGCGUAUCGCAGGCCAGAGGUCGAUUCGGAUGCUACCGCCUUCGCGUGGGGCGUGCCCGAUCUCGAUGCGCUGCGCGGGUUUUUGAUGAGCACGAUUGGGUGGAGCAGUGAGAGGACGGACGAGGUGCUUGUCCCGGUUAUUAGGGACAUGAAUACCAGAGAGAGGGAGGGCACGCAGAGCAAUAUCACGGCGUUUUUGGAGAAGGGGAGCGUAGUGGGGGCGGGGGCGUGGGCGCCGAGGGUGGUGGAUGAGGGGGGUGGUGGUGGUGGGAGAAGGGGGAGGGGGAGCGGGCGGUUGGUCAACGCGUUGAGGGGGAUUGGUGCGAAGGCGAGAGGGGAGGGGGCGGCUGCUGGGGGUGGGGGUGGUGAUGCCGAUGCUGAGGCUGAGGCUGGGACUGGGACGGGGACGGGGACGGGGACAGCUUCUGGCGAGCAGGAAGGGCGGGGCCGGGCGAGCGCGGAGAGGACAAUGCGGAAGGGGAAGGGGGCGAAGAGGAAGAAGACUACUGUGGUUGAGGAUGAUGAAGACGAUGGGGAUGAGCACGGUGGCGAUUUCGAGGAGCAGGAGGAGGAGGAAGCGGAUGGCGAUGCGGCGUAUGAAGAGGAGCCGACGAAGAAGAAAGCGCGGAAAGGCGCGAGCGGCGCGAGAGGAAGCCGAGGUCGGGGGCGGGGCCGUGGAAGGGGUGAGAGGAGACUGAAUAAUGCGGACUUCAUCCGUGAUGCGAUGGAUUGA